CUUUUUGUUUGGAGUGCACCUGUUUUCAAAGGGGGAGGCCGUUCUGUUUAUUGUCUCCCGAGGAGAGCAAAUCUCGAAAGCCUGCCGUAGCGUAACCAGCAACAGUUCCCAUUUCCCUGUGGGGUGUUUAUUGGACAAUUGGACCCUGCUUUGGAAGUGAACAUUCGGUUUGAACGAGUUGCAUUUAUUGGGUUGGCGGAAAUCGUGUAAUUCGAGCAUCACGCCUCACAUCUUGCGUGUCACUUCGUCUGCGUAAGCAGCAUUCGCGUGACGUUGUUGUUGUUGUUGGCAGUCCCGUGCGUGUGCGUGCAUUGCGUGUUUUUGUUCGCUGAUCCCGCGUGUUGCAUGUUGGCGGAAACAUGUCCUACCGCAUCCUACGCAAGCUGCAGGGCAAUGAGCUGGAGAUAAAGGAGCAAAUCGAUGAGGUGUCGGACGGUGGAGAUGCCGAUUACGACACCAACAGCACCAGCAGCCAGAACCGCAACAGCAAGAAGCAGCUCAACAUUAAUCGAUACGAUCUGCUGAACCAACAGCAAUCGUUCUCGGAGAGCGAAGUGAAGGAGGACGACAAUGAUGAGACGGAAAAGGAUGCGGCCGACGGUACGGUGAGCGUGCACUUGGCCGAGGCCAAGAAGCGCAAAAAGAAGAAGAAGAAGAAGACGGGAAAGUACAUCUCAAGCUCGGCGCGGCGCAGCAGCGAAGACAACGCGGACAUCGAAGACGAUUUCACGCGCACCGUCAAGGAGGUGGACAAACUGUUUGGCCACUUUCCGUCGCGCGAUGCCGACCAACACCACCACCACCAUCACCGACCGGCGCACGAUGGAUCGACGAAAGCAUCGGCCCUGGCCGGGCUGGCCACCAAAUCGCUGCUCAACGUACAGCACAAAAACCUGAAUCCACAGUACGAGAUGAAGCGCAUGUUCGGCAGUAAGGUGGUCGGCGAUCAACAAAACAAACGGCGCAACGUAAGGGGUGGCUCGCGUCUGCUAAAGUCUACCUAUUUGGUGAAUGCAAAGGAUAAUUGGCCGUCGGUCGGGAAGUCGGGCAUCUACAUGAAUCUGGUGCAGGCCCCGGACGUUGGCUCUUCGUCAUCGACAGCUACCGGUCCGAAGGCGAUCCUCGAUAAGAACGUCAUCUAUUUCGCGUUCGAGCACAGCCCCGCGUACCGGCAGUUGCAGCAAAAGUUUCUCGAUGCCGUCGAGACCAUGGACUCGGAGAACAUUAUCCGGGUCAUCAAGCAGCACCCGUACCAUGUGGACUCGUUGAUUCAGAUGAGCGAGCUGUGCACGAUGUCGGAGGACCACGCGAUGUCGUCGGAGUUGAUCGAGCGGGCCCUGCUGGCCCUCGAGUCGUCCUUUCAUACCAUGUUCAGUUUGACGCAGGGCAACUGCCGUCUAGACUAUCGACGGCAGGAGAACCGGGCACUGUUUAUUGUUCUGUUUAAACACGCCCAGCACCUUGAGUCGCGGGCCUGCUCGAGAACUGCGCUCGAAGUCGCCAAGUUGAUACUCUCCCUCGAUCCCGUCAACGAUCCGCUGGCGAUGAUACUGAUCGUCGACUACUAUGCGAUCCGUGGCAAGCAGUACGAGUGGUUGGUCAGUCUGUACGAUGAAUGGGAGGCGACGAACAAUCUGUCGCAGCUGCCCAACAUGGCGUAUGCGUCCGCGUUGGCCCUGUUUUACCUGAACCGCACGGAAGAGGCCGAUAAGGCGCUGCAGUACGCGCUGCUCAUGUUUCCGGGCGUGUUGCGUCCGCUGAUGGAAGAACUUUCGAUACAGGCCGACUCGCGGAUGUCGGGCCACAAUUAUUUCGGUCCAAACGCGUACAGCAAGGCAUCGGGUGCGCUCCAGCAACUGAUGUCGCUGUACGUGUGUCGCUCGAAGUUGGUGUGGCGCGAUUCCAAUCUUUUGCCCUGGCUCGAGCGUAAUGUACACACCGUGCUGGAUCGGGUUGAUGCUAAAGAGGACACCGUGGCCGACUACGCUACCAAGCGUAGUCAAAGGUAUGCCAACCCGCCCAGGCAGGUCCUUCGUCACGUAGUGCUGUCCGACUUUAUGGAAAAGGUUCCCCUGGCACAGUUUAUCAAGCUGGAACGGGAACCGGUCCUAAUGUAUGAUCCCCUGCCUCCGCUGGAUACGGUCAACAUCUACACCAGGCCAACAAUAUCUACACCGGAUCAACGAUUAUCGAACCAUCCGGUGCAUCUGUUCCUGCAGUCUUUACUUCCAAGUUUCAACGUUCAACCGCAGCGUCAAGCUCAACCUGCGCUACUCCAGCAGCAACCUCCGGUGGAUCCUGCCCCGGCGAACGUUGCAGCGGCCCUUCCCGAUGCUGCCAACAACGCGCCGGGCAACGCUACGGCACGUGACCUAAUGAGCCUGCAGGCGUACACGAGCGGCCUGAACACGAUCGUAGACGCCAUGCGUGAAUUCCUGUCCGGCAUUCGGGCUCUCGAGCGUCCAAACGAUGCGGACGUGGACGAAGCGGAAAGCACGGAGGAGGACGAACCGAAUGACUAUCUGACAUAAGGCAUCAACGAAAGGUAGGAGCCGGUAACGGUACGUUAACGAAAGACUUAUACUUUGCACACUGUCUUUUUGCCCUGGCUUCAAAUUCAUCAUCCCCUCCCAGAUCAUGGGCCAGAUAUAUCGUGAAAGGUAAAUCGAACGUUUGGCAAAACAUACAUUAAAACAUGCGCUGUGGAAUGGCAACGGCCGGUAGUAUUUAGUCACUAGUUAAUAGGUUUAAGCUCGGCUCCGUUUCGUGUUGUUGUUUUCUUUCCCGUCACCACCCGAGUUCCCGGAUUCUCGCGAGGUGCCGCGAGUCUAAGUUAAACUUUUCAACUCGGAUUGUUGGCCCUAGUUGGCCCCCGGGUUCCUUUAUUACCCUUGUAUCUACCUUUUGUACCUUUUUGAACUCUUUAAGAAGAAGCUGUGGCGCCUUUCAUUCGUCUGCUUGUUAAUCAAUGUUUAUCCCUUCGCGAGAAAAGUAUGCUGUGCAUUUGCCCUGGCGCGUGGAUUGUGUUGUUGUAAGUUAUUUAAGUUGGAUGAAUAGUUAGGAAGCGUUUAUUUCUUCAAAAAAUAUAAUGGUAAACAAAAAAAUAAACGGCUUGGCCGGUAACAAAAAAGUAAUUAUUCCCAGAAUCGUAAGUGUCUCAGGGCGCUUGGCUUUCGACAACAAGUUGGGCCCGUAAAACGUUUUCACCAUUUAAAAGAUACCAAGUUGUUAAUGAAGUUGGCGAUGUCCUGCAUUCACCGUGGAUAAGAAACACUUUCACGGAAGACAGUUGUCAGUUUGUGCUUCAGUUAUUGAACAGACACGUUUAAAGAAAUAGCCAAAUUGCCGAGAUGAUCUUCCUUCUCUAAAAUAUUCAAAAUACAAAUAAUUGUGUGUAUCUGUUGCUGAAUGGAGAUAGAAAUGUAAUACGUAGCUCAGAGUUAUUCUUUCUGUUGCGCUUCGCUCUUGCACACCGGGAGGAUAUGACAAUGAAAAGUAAUGUGCGAAGGUGCCAACUAUCACGUCAUGAAUGCGCAAAUCGGUUCCCGUUCUGUGCCCCAUUCGCACAUGCCAGUGCUGGCGAGGCAAUCACAAUAUGAUAUGUGCACAAUCAGCUCCCGAAGUCAGCAAGAUUUACAAUUAUUUGCCACUACAUUUGACCGGCUGCACUGCAAUAUUCCUGCAACGAGUUUCCUCGAGUUGUAGAAGCAAACCAUUUUUUACUUACCAUAAUAGCAUCAUAGCGAGAACGAUAAUAUGCGGGCGGAUUAUAUAGUGACAAACAGGGCGAGUGCGUGACCGAGUGACAUGAUGACCCCGGAGGAGUAACGCAAACAAGAUAAGCACGUUCAGGGAGCGGUGAAACCGGAUUGCGGCGGCACACAGUCAGAGACAGAGAAGCACAUGGUUAAAAAUUAGUGCACAUAACGAGCGGUAUAUUUUGAUGAAACUUUAAUACUACUUCCUACGCUCAGCGGCACAACUUUGGAGAGUGUUUGUUGGCGAUCUGUGCAGGCCAGGCCAGCCUACUAGGAAAGCGGUAGGUAACAACUGACGUAAUGGUGUCAUACUAAUAAGCGACGAUCAGUAGUCAGUGCGCUGUGCGUCUCACAACCGUGCGCAAUCGACAGGGGGGAAAAUACGCAAUCUUUUAAUAAAUCAUAAUUAUUGCUACCUAUUGUGGACGGCCUGACUGGCGAAAAUAGUGAGGACAUAUAUGCAAACCAUACUUGUAAUCUGUUCCCAUUCUUCUUUAUUGUUGUUUGAAAAAAGCGAAAAGUGGAAAUAAAAACUCUGGGAAGUUCAAUAGAGCAAACGAUAUCAUGCGCAGAUAAAGCGGGAAACGCGUUAAACGGUUAAUACCCAAUACCGGUUACCCAAUAAUAUGAAUGUUUACGUACAGUGUGAUCCUUGAGAAAAAUGCAAACGAAAAUGAUUAUAAUAAAAUUACAUUCACAUUUUUUCUGCAAACUGAA